GCAAAAACAACACAGCUGUGACAUCUGUCAAUUGUGCAGUGGAUUUUGUAUCGCCGGUGUUUAAACGAGUGAAAUUAGAAUUCUUAAAUGAUGACCAUAGUCGUAUAAUAAAAGGUGAAGCGAUUAGACAGAAAGAAAGAACUUGACUGCAUUGAGUCCAUUGAGUAACUCCAAUUAACAAAGUGUAUUUGUUAUGAGUCACAAUUUUCGUUACCCUCCACCCGGAUUUGGUCAACACCAGCCUCGACCAAAUCCAAAUUUUCCACCGAAUCAACAAUUCCACAAUUCUGUUGGAUCGUCUAGAUUCCGUCCACACUUUAAUCCACCGCAAACAGACUACCGAUAUGAUUUACGGCACCGCAGGCCACCGACUCACAAUCGAUUCACGCCGCCAUAUGAGCCUCAAAGCCAAUAUGCUAGUAGGUUUUCGGUUCCGCCACCAUUCAAUCCUAGUCGACCACCUCCACGUUUACCGUAUCGACCGACUGACCGAUCUUUUCGAAACACUUUUCGCGCAUCACACGAAACGCCGAUCAGAAAUCAGCAUUCCAACAGAUCAAAUUAUAGCAGAGAACGGGAUAUCGAUGCACCCCUCACAGAACGGGAUCAGUUGCUGGUGAAAUGGCGUAGCAACUAUUGUGAAACAUCGGAUGACAUUGCCCGGAAACUGGCUGAAAUGGAUCCGAAUGAAAACAAAGACAUGUGGAUACGAAGCUCGCCAGCAGACAUUUUCUAUAAACGAUGCGAAAUCGGCGAUGUGGAAUCAACGAAUCGAUUAGACGCCCUGUGUACGCUAUUUGAUCAAGAGCUGGUGGCCCGAGGUCCGAAAAUACGGGAAAAACAGCCACCUUACAACAGUCCGCCACGGAAGCGAAAGCACAAAGUUUGUCGACAUAAAUCGGAGAAAUGUUCAUCAUCCGAUUCGUCAGAUGAAGAAUUCGAUGUAGAAGAAGAGGACUGUUCCAUGCAAGAAUUGACCAAGAAAAUUCAGCAUCCGUACCGAUUGCAUCCAGAUUUAUGGCACAACGAGACUGGAGAAAUGAAUGAUGGACCAUUGUGUCGAUGUUCCGCUAAAUCGAAACGUUCGGGACUACGACAUGGAAUCUAUCCCGGCGAAAGCGGAUUCCCUCGUUGCAAAUUGAAUUCUAACAAUGCCAGUAAACUAUAUCACUACAGGAUUACCAUAUCACCACCGACCAAUUUUCUCACCAAAACGCCAACGAUCAUCAAACACGACCAGCACGAGUUUAUUUUCGAAGGAUUUUCAUUGUUAUCACAUGCUCCGAUCGGCGAAUUGCCAACCUGCAAGGUUAUUCGGUUCAACAUCGAAUACACAGUACUCUACAUUGAAGAGAAAAUGCCUGAAAAUUUCACAAUCCGAGAGUUGGAUUUGCUUUAUCAAUAUUUAUUCAUUGAACUUCUUGAAUUGUUGGACUUCACACUCCAACCGGCUAAUACGAAUCCCGACGAAACUUGCACCUGUUUCCAUUUUCUUCCUCGAUUCGUUCGUGACUUACCAGACAAUGGCAAAGAAGUUCUGGCUAUGAAUGAAGUUCUCCGGUAUUUACUAGACAGUUCUGGUCCCUUGGUACCACGAUCAACCCUUGAACAAUUGAAAUCCGACCAAAUUAGUCAAAAUGAUUGGCAAAACUAUGUGGAUGACAUAAAAGAAAUGGUUGUCACGAAUCCAGGAAUGAGACCCUGUUCAGUGCGCGUAGAUCAGCUUGACAAAAAUGUGUCAGACUUGGCUGAGUGUGUGGAUCAAGAGGAUAAAGAAAUUAUUCAUCCGGUCAUAGUACACUUUGGUAUUAGACCACCACAACUAAGCUACGCUGGUAAUCCAGAAUAUCAGAAGGCUUGGAGGGAGUAUGUGAAAUUCAGACAUUUGGUAGCGAAUAUGUCGAAACCAUCGUAUGAAGACAAACGGAAAUUGGAACAAAAGGAAAUUCGAUUACAGGAAAUGCGUACACAAGGACGAAUGAAGAGGAAUGUUACCGUAGCUGUGAGCUCGAAAGGUUUCUACCGCACUGGAAUAAUGUGUGACAUAAUUCAACACGCACUUCUGAUUCCGGUGCUAACUACUCAUUUACGAUUCCACCAAGCUCUCGAUGUUUUGGAAACGAACAUUGAGUACAAAUUUCAGAAUCGUUAUAUUCUCCAGUUGGCAUUAACCCACCCGUCCUACAAAGAAAACUUCGGAACAAAUCCCGAUCAUGCACGAAACAGUCUCACCAAUUGUGGAAUUCGGCAGCCAGAAUAUGGCGAUCGGAAAAUACACUACAUGAAUACAAGAAAGAGAGGCAUCAAUACGCUCAUAAAUAUUAUGUCCAGAUUCGGAGAGGAACGAGAAACCGACAGCAAUAUCAGCCACAACGAAAGAUUGGAAUUUUUGGGAGAUGCAGUCGUUGAAUUCCUCUCGUCAAUUCAUUUAUUUUUUAUGUUUCCCGAUUUGGAAGAAGGUGGACUGGCUACUUAUCGAGCGGCUAUUGUGCAGAAUCAACAUUUGGCUGUAUUGGCAAGAAAACUGCACUUGGAAGAGUUUAUGCUGUAUGCACAUGGAUCGGAUCUAUGUCACGAGUUAGAAUUACGGCAUGCAAUGGCAAAUUGUUUCGAGGCCCUAAUGGGUGCAUUGUUGCUCGAUGGCAACAUCGAUGUUGCAGAUAAGGUUUUCUCAUCUGCUCUGUGGAUGGACAAAAUGCACUUAAAAGAUGUUUGGGAUAAUCUUCCUCGCCAUCCACUUCAAGAAGAAGAGCCACUUGGUGAUCGACAGUGGAUAGACUCGUAUCAACUACUAAAGGAUCUCACCAAGUUUGAAACCUCAAUCGGAGUACAAUUUCGUCAUAUUCGUUUGCUCGCUCGUGCAUUUACGGAUCGCAGCAUCGGUUUCACUCAUUUGACUAUGGGAUCGAAUCAGCGGCUAGAAUUUCUUGGCGAUACUGUGCUGCAACUGAUCUGUUCAGAAUUUUUAUAUCGACAUUUUCCCGAGCAUCACGAAGGACAUCUUUCCCUUCUUCGCAGUUCAUUGGUCAAUAAUCGUACACAAGCAGUUGUAUGUGAUGAUCUAGGCAUGACACAAUAUGCUGUUUAUUCCACACCGAAGCCGGACUUGAAAACCAAAGAUAGAGCUGAUUUACUUGAAGCAUUUUUGGGUGCAUUGUAUGUCGACCAAGGAAUGGUGCCUUGCACCGUAUUUUGUCAAGUUUGUCUAUUUCCUCGCUUGCAACAAUUCAUCAUGAACCAAGAUUGGAAUGAUCCAAAAUCUAAGUUACAACAGUGCUGUUUAACUCUACGAACAAUGGAUGGUGGCGAACCCGAUAUUCCCGUCUACAAAGUCAUUGAAUCGAUCGGUCCAACGAAUACUCGAGUUUACACGGUUGCCGUUUAUUUUCGUGGAAAACGACUAGCCAGCGCUACUGGCCAUUCAAUUCAACAGGCCGAAAUGAAUGCGGCCAAGUCAGCUUUGGACAAUUCACGAGAUCUGUUCCCACAAUUGGACCACCAAAAACGAGUCAUUUUGAAAUCAAUCAAGAAACAGCGUGGAAGGGAUUACCAAGUUGGUGACGCUGACGACGGCAACGAUAGAUCAAAUUCUCCCAGUUGUACACAAGACAUGGACGACUAUGAAUCAAAUCUACCGAAACAAUAUCGCUCUAAACAAGAUAUAUCUAGUGAUGAGCUCGAUUCGGAAAAGUACGACGAUAAGAAGUCUAAGAAGAAGAUGAAAAAACGGAAACACAAAAGACGAAAGCGACGAAAUAGUGAAGUCAGUCAAAUAAGUUUGCGGAGUAUCAGUACCGUGGAGAUUGACAUUCCAUUCAAAAACAGGCGUAAAAGUUUGUCAAGCAUAAGUGAUACUGACUUUGACAACGGUCGGCAGUCAAAGAAUGGCAGUCAGAGCUUUGUACCGCAAGAACGUUCGUUGAGUCAAUUGGAGAAUAUAUCGACUGUACAAUCUGCAAUAGAGUCUAUUUCGCCGGAACAAUCUAUUGUUGAGGACUUAUCGCCGGAGUCUGGGGAAAUUUCAUCUUGAAUUGAAGCAUCUAGUAGCUGUAAUGUUAGACCUUGCUUUGGAAUCGUUGAUA